UAUAGUUAUGUAGCUAAAAUAUUUCAAUUCUCUAAUUAAAAUAGCUGCAUUUUUAAUUAUCAUUUUGACUACCCCGUUAGGGAUUAAGGCGUGAUUUAUGUCUACGUGAUAAGAGUAUAUUUAUAAUUUAAGCUAUUUAAAAAAUAAAAAAUUGUUCGUGUUACAGGGUACGAAUUUUAAAUGAAUGAACGCUGUAAAAUAUCUUGAAAUCAUGCCAAAGAUAUUAUUGCGCAGUCUUCUAAAAAUAUCUUGUUAGAUUUAGUUCCACUCAGUAGAGUCAGUAUGAUGAAGACGGUUCUUUAGAUUAAAUGAAAAUAUAAUCUGUAUAGUACAUUACAAUGAGUGCAACUGCAGCAUCAUUAACUUGCCCAAUAUGUGCUCAUACUGGUGUGUUUGAUUCCGUGCAAUCUUUAAGAGAUAGAUUGAUUUACGUGUCAACGAAUAAAAUGCUGUGCCCAGUGUGUCAAGAGGAAGUUGUUGGCCUAGAUAAAUUAACUAUUCAUUUAUUUAGCCAUGUAAAAUUAUUAACCACACAAAAUCACCCCGAAAAAGAAGGAAUUAAAAGCAAUGCAGUUUUACAGAAGAUUGAAAAGCAAACCACGUCACAACAAAAGAAAUCCAGAACAGGUGCAGCUAAAAAUAAGACAACAACACAAGUUUCACCAAGUGACCCAAUUAAAUAUGUUAAAAUAUUUCCUAAAUUACCCGUAAUUUCAUUAAAAACUGUGCCUGUAAUAGACAUAUCGCAAACUUCUGUAGAAGAAUGUGUAGCGAUGAAUAAUCCCAUAUAUAUGCCGAUCAAAGCAGAAAAAAUGAUCUUAAAAACAAACACAACGUGUGACAUUUGUGGUUUGCAGUUUGUGGAUACUAAUAUUCUGAAAAUGCAUAAAUGCAUAAUACACAAUUUAGAUGAAAACACUAAUGAAAAAAUUACCCGCUAUGAAUGCCAUAUAUGUCCUAAACAUUUUAAAAUGAGAGGAUCUUUGAUGGUGCAUUUAAGAGUAGCCCACUAUGGAUUUUUAUGUGGAAAUAAUGCUGGUGUAUCAAAAAUUGAUAAAGAAGAGUCUCUUGGAAAUAAUGCCGAUCAAAUUUGUAAUGAUAGUACAAGUAUAGAGAGAAAUGACAAUAAGCAGUGGCAAUGUGAUGUCUGUCGGAAAUGUUUUACUACCAAAUAUUUUCUAAAGAAACACAAGCGGCUACAUACAGGUGAAACUCCUUAUGCUUGCCCUCAGUGCAACAAAACAUUUACAUUUCAACAAUCUUAUCAUAAGCAUCUUUUGUACCAUAAUGAUGAAAAGCCACAUACUUGUAAUUAUUGUGGUCGAGCAUUUAAAGAGCUAUCAACCCUUCAUAACCACCAAAGGAUUCACACCGGGGAAAAACCGUUCUCAUGUGAAACUUGUGGCAAAAGCUUUAGACAACGAGUGUCCUACCUAGUUCAUCGGCGAAUACAUACUGGUGUGAUGCCAUAUAAAUGUACUGCUUGUGAAAAGAGUUUCCGUUAUAAAGUGUCACAGAGAACGCACAAAUGUCCGGCAAAACCUCCAGGAAUAGUGAUUCGACAAACUGGUGAUUUAGUAGAAAAACUAAAAAUGAAAAAGAAAGAUCCAGAAUUGUCAGAAGAGAGAUUGGAUAACAAUUCGCUACAGUAUCCCGAAGUUUCUGAAGCUAACACAGAAUUAGUUCGUUCUGGAGCUAAGUUAUCUUUAGAGGACACGGAGUCAGAUAACUUCAAAUUAAUAUCUGAAACAUUUAUGGAAAACUUCGAUGGAGGAAAUUUUACUAAUAUGGCGUUACCAGCAGAACCCGCAAUCAGACAAAGUGGCACUUCAAGAACUGAAGGUGUUUUUGAUCCUAACAUAGAGGAACUUAUAGAUUCCCUACCGAUAUUAGACAAAAAUGUACCGUCACCUUCAGAAAUCCUUAAAAAUUUAUGCUUAUCACCAGAAGACUACAGCCAAACUAUGUUAGAAGAAAAUAGUGAUAAACCAUACGAAUUAUACAAAGACUUUAAUGAAUAUAUGUUAUAAUAAAAAAAUAUUAACCCUUUAAUUAUUAUUGUCAAAUAUAAAA